GAGCGCUUCUGGAGAUAUUACCCGGGCCCCAGCCCCGGGCCGCAGGCACAAAGUCACGGGAGAAUGAACUUCUGGAACCCUUUGGCGCUGCAUGUGCGGCUCUCCCCGGGACCCCGGACCCGGCCGCCCCUGGCCGCGGAAGACCUCGCAGCCCUGUAGUUUUUUCCCACCCACACCCCACACCCCACACCCCCGGGCCCGGGGUUCGGACAGCACGCAGCCCAGCUGCCUGAGGCUGCGCUGGUGUUUUUCUGCCUUCUCUGCUCUGAAGCCCAGCGCUCUGCAUGCCUCACGUUGAGGGAGACACUGCGGGCUGAGAGGCAGGCAUGGGGAGAGGGCUUCUGUCCUCUCUGCUGGGCGGGAAGCCGGUCUGCGUGCCUCCACCUCUGUCCUCCUGUACCCACUUCUCGCUGUCCUCCCCCGUCCUCCCCUGAGCUGCCUGUCUGUCUCUGCGUUUGUCUGUCCACGCGUGUGUCCGUGACAAGCAAGAGCCACCACCCCCGCCCCCCAGCCCCAGAAGCUGUGGUUUUGUAAGAGCCGGGAAGAAAACUUUGGGAUGCUUCGGUUUCCACGGUGGAACGAAUUCUGAAAGCCUCGGGAGCCGCCAGAGCAGCCGCCACCCGCACCCACCUGUCCCGCCCCGGAGGGAGCCGCGCAGGCUGGAGGGCGGCUGGAGAGCGGCGGCGCCCGGCGGAGAGGCGGGCGCUGCCGGCCAGGACUCGGGCAGUGCCCACCAGCCGCUGCGCCCUGGGACCGCCAGCAUGAGCAAGCCGGCCGGAUCAACAAGCCGCAUUUUAGACAUCCCCUGUAAAGUGUGCGGUGACCGCAGCUCCGGCAAACACUACGGGGUCUACGCCUGUGACGGCUGCUCAGGAUUUUUCAAAAGGAGCAUCAGGAGGAAUAGGACAUACGUCUGCAAAUCUGGAAACCAGGGAGGCUGUCCUGUGGACAAGACACACAGAAACCAGUGCAGGGCCUGUCGGCUGAAGAAGUGUUUGGAAGUCAACAUGAACAAAGAUGCCGUGCAGCACGAGCGGGGCCCCCGGACGUCCACCAUCCGCAAGCAGGUGGCCCUCUACUUCCGUGGGCACAAGGAGGAGAACGGGGCGGCCGCGCACUUCCCUUCCGCCGCGCUGCCCGCGCCCGCCUUCUUCACGGCAGUCACGCAGCUGGAGCCGCACGGCCUGGAGCUGGCCGCAGCCGUGUCCGCUACCCCGGAACGACAGACGCUCGUGAGCCUCGCCCAGCCCACGCCCAAGUACCCCCACGAAGUGAAUGGGACCCCAAUGUAUCUCUAUGAGGUAGCUACAGAGUCCGUGUGUGAAUCCGCCGCCAGACUGUUAUUCAUGAGUAUCAAGUGGGCUAAGAGUGUGCCCGCUUUCUCCACUCUGUCUUUACAAGACCAGCUGAUGCUUUUGGAAGAUGCUUGGAGAGAACUGUUUGUUCUAGGAAUAGCACAAUGGGCCAUUCCGGUUGAUGCUAACACUCUACUGGCUGUAUCUGGCAUGAAUGGUGACAACACAGAUUCCCAGAAGCUGAACAAGAUCAUUUCUGAAAUACAGGCUUUACAGGAGGUGGUGGCUCGGUUUCGACAGCUCCGGUUAGAUGCUACUGAAUUCGCCUGUCUGAAAUGCAUCGUCACUUUCAAAGCUGUUCCUACACACAGCGGCUCUGAACUGAGAAGUUUCCGGAAUGCCGCCGCCAUCGCAGCUCUUCAAGACGAGGCGCAGCUGACACUCAACAGCUACAUCCAUACCAGAUACCCUACUCAACCCUGUCGCUUUGGAAAACUCCUCUUGCUUUUGCCAACUUUACGAUCUAUUAGCCCUUCGACCAUAGAAGAAGUGUUUUUCAAAAAAACCAUUGGCAACGUCCCAAUUACAAGACUGCUGUCAGACAUGUACAAAUCCAGUGAUAUCUAAGUUCUCCAAGUCCCCACCUUUCAGGAUGGGACAGUACCAGAUGAAUUCCUACCCUUGAAGAACAUGCCUCAACUAACAAUCCCUUCAGGAAGCAUAAAGCUGAGAAUGUGUGGCCUUCAGGAAAAAAAAAAAAAAAGGACACAAAACAGUUCCAGUAGCUUUGAUCUGCUGCCUCAACCAGGGUGGGGUGGUCUGGGAGGAAGAAAGGAGAUACAGAACAGCCUGAGCUGAGAGACCUCACUGCCCAUAAGCCCUGGGAGAGGCCUGAGUUGGGAGUCAUCACCACAGAAAUGAUAUUCUGCCUCUUUUUUUUUUUUUUUGGCCAUUCUGCCUCUUACCUGAAGAUCAGGCUGAUCUACCAGAAGCUGGACACCAGUAGAGUCUGCUUUUCCUUUCUAGCAUAUAAAGUUGGGUAAGCAAAUACAGCUCUGUGUAUGACAUCAUGCAACAUCCUUCAGAACUAUCCUAUGUCAGAGAAUUUCUUUUAAAAGCAAUGGUUUUAAAAUCAAAGGUUCUGUCAACAGUUUCCCUUCUGUUGUAAUACAUUUGUGACGUGGCCUUCAGAACUGAGUUGACAAGUGAAAGGUAGCUUAUGCCAUGAGACCUGCUUUUUCUCUUCUUUUUCUCUUCUUUCCUUUCCUUUCAUAUACAUUUAUAUGUAUGUAUAUAUCCCAUAGGCCAGGCAACCUUGUCAGCGGAAUGGGUGGGUGGAAAGGAGAUUCUCACCAGGAUUCAGGUUGGAUAACAUCUCCAAAAUAGAAGAGCUUUCUGAAAAGAAUGCAGGAGAGAAUGAAUCAAAAUACAAAACAGCAAAACCAAAUAACACAGAGAUGAGUGAGUCAGGCAGGUUGCUGUCCUGUUACCACAGUGCUGAAACCAAAGGCAGUGAGGGCCCAAGCUCAGUUUUCCAGCAAGUCCCACCAGACAGAAAUGAAUACAGACAAGACGUCUGAAGGAACUUCAAGGGGGUGAAAUGCUAAAAAAAAAAAAAAAAAAAAAAAAAGUUCUUGACUGACCGACCCAUUGCUAACAGCCCGAGACUCUUAAUGCCUUUCAGAAAAAUGGUUUCUAGUAAAGCUUUGAACACACACACACACACACUCACAGUGUCACACUAUAAGCUGCUCCUUUGGUAUGAAUCUAUACUUAACGGAAAUGUAGAAACAAACAUUUAAAAAGAAUAGCUGCUGUCCUUUUCACAUGUUGAUUUAUUAGGUACUAGCCCUGAGGAAAACGUCAGCACUUGGACUAUCCUAGGAUGAGUAAAACUUUUCUUGUACAAAGUGAAUUAACUGAUUUGUGAAGUUAAAAGGUUGUACUCAUUGUAUUUACAAAGAAUAAAAAUAUAUUGGAUUUAAAUGCA